AUGACGCUCCCCGAGCCCCCCGUCGCUCUGGACAACAUCUGCUCGGUUAUCUACAACAACGUUCUUUACACAUAUUCCGCAAACGCUUUUCAGUCGCUAUCGCUCGAGGAAGGAGCGAAAUGGAAGACAUUGGAACAGGGUGAGAAGGUAACAGGCGGUGUCUGCGUAGGCUCAAACCCCAAGGAUCCCAGCCAGGCAGGCUUGUACAUUGUAGGAGGAAAGGGAACGUCGGCGAGUUAUCGGGGUCUGCAAAAGUAUACCUACGCGACAGGCAAGUGGGAGUCUAUUCAACCGCAGGACGCCGUCACACAAGAACGCUUGCUCCACGGCGCGACAUACCUCCCAGGCACUGAUCAGAUUGUCAUCUACGGCGGCAGUCAAGAUGGAUAUUCUGGGCCUUCAUCGCAAACUUUUGUUGUCGGAGCUUCCGCACCUUACCGCACCCGCGCCUACACCUCUACAGCACCACCAGUGGUAAACCCGAUCGUGCUCCAAUGGUCUGACACUCAGGCGGUCAUGGUUGGAGGCAGUACCCAGAACACCAAGGUCAUGCUGUUUAACCCUGACACUGUCUGGGUCGAUUCCGGCGCGAGCCUCGCUCAGCCUAUUUUGAAGGACACGACUGCGAUUAGGGCGAUUGUCAUGAACGGAGACGAUGGAAGCAAGAGCUUGUACACUUUUGACCUGUCGACAUCUCCGAAUGAGGUCCAGCGCAUGGUUCUUCUUGAUGCCACAGGUCAGCCGGUUGCAAACUCAGCUCCCGUUUCAAAGAAGGCCGCUCGUGGAGUGGACGGUAUUGUGAAGCGUGCUCUUACACUGGCCGACUGGCCAGCAUACAACAGCACUCUGGCGCCUACGGGAACACGUGCCAACUAUGCCCUUGCUUCAGACUCCAACGGACUCGUCGUGUUUGCCGGAGGCAACAAGGACGACGUCCUUUGCAUGUUCAACGCCCGCGAGAACAGCUGGCAAGACGCCAAUCAGAAGUUGAGUGAACAGGAAGUCCUCAUUACCAGUGAGACGACUAGCAGCGCCAGUGCCUCAGCGACUUCCUCUAGCUCAAGCACGUCCUCAACUUCACUCUCCUCUAUCUCUUCAGCCAUUACUGCACCAGCAUCCGCUUCCGCUUCCGCUUCAUCGUCCGCUUCUUCCGAAACGGCUGCUCCCGCCGUUGGCGCUCCUGUCAGUGCCAAUGCCAUUCUCGGUAUUGUGCUUGGCACCAUCACCGGCAUCAUGAUUCUCCUUGGUCUCAUCCUCUUCUGUAUCCGACGACGCCGUAACAAGAACCAGCCCAACCCCGAGCAAGGCCAGAGAGGUUUCCCCGAUGAGAAGGCUGCUCUUGGCUACGACAAUGACUUUGGCGCGAGCCCCCAAUUCAGGGGACAUCAGCAGUCUGACUCGGCCGGAUCGUUUUCUUCCAUGGCUAUUCUGAUGGGCAAGGUUAACGGUCCCAAGCCUGUCGGUGCCCCUCGCGGACCCAGCAACGACUUCAAGCGCGGCUCGUCCAACAGCUUUUUCAAGAGCACUAUCAGCAAGCCUAUGCCCCAGGUGAACGAGCACCCUAACCUGGCGCCCCCCUCUCGUGACGAGAAGGGUGUGUCGUUCGCCGCCGACACCGUUGAACCCCGUCCUACGACACGAGGAAACCCAAUGGGACGUCCUGGCGAGACGCGCAGGAGCUCAGGCUGGAACCGAUACUGGUCCGGCGGCAGCGCCCUCAACAUCCUCGGAUUUGGCAACUCGAAGAGAACUACCGUCGACUCGGAAACCUCUCACUACUCAAACAGGAAUCGCAUCACGCAGGACUCUGCCACUGUCCCUCCUCUCCAUCUCAUUACUCAGGAUUUGUCCACUGUCCCGCCCAUUCGGCACGAGGGCCGGCCCGAGCUCAACCGCGUGGUCUCAGGCAGCCCAACUGUCUCAGACUAUUCGAAUCAGAUCCCCUUCAGAGACGGUGUGUCUGGCAAGAUCGAGUCCCCCCGCCGACCUACCUCGGACGCGUCAUCCGGCUAUUCGAGUGGCAUCCCUGAGAGCGUCCGCGAUACCUGGGACCCCAUUGGCUCUUCCAAAAAGCCUUGGGGUGCCGACCGAGCCCCGAGCAGUGUCUACGCUGAGAGUCUCUACCCCACAUCUCUGGCGCCGAGCAUCCCAUCACGGCCACAGGCUACUCCGAGCGGUGUAAGCCAACAGCCCCAGCUAGCCAUGGCUUCAACAUCAUCGGAUAUGAGCUGGCUUAACCUCGGCGAGAUCAACAAGGCCAAGCAAAAUCAACGCUAA